UUCAUGAUGUUGUUUACCUGGGUUUGACUUCAGGCUGUGAGUUAAAGUCAUGUCCGAUCCAUUUUCUUCAGUCAGUGGCCGCUCAAGGAAUAUAAAUAGUUGCUGGAAAGAACACUGACAGCUUGAAAGCAAAAUGAAGUUCUUUCUAUUGCUUUCAGCCAUUGGAUUCUGCUGGGCUCAGUAUGCCCCAAAUACCGAAUCUGGACGGACAUCUAUUGUCCAUCUGUUUGAGUGGCGCUGGGUUGAUAUUGCUCUUGAAUGUGAGCGAUACUUAGCUCCCAAAGGAUUUGGAGGGGUUCAGGUUUCCCCACCCAAUGAAAAUGUGGUAAUUAAUAACCCUCCAAGACCUUGGUGGGAAAGAUACCAACCAGUUAGCUACAAGUUAUGUACAAGAUCAGGAAAUGAGAGUGAAUUCAAAGACAUGGUGACUAGAUGUAACAACGUUGGUGUCCGUAUUUAUGUGGAUGCUAUAAUUAAUCAUAUGUGUGGAAAUGGUGUGGCUGCAGGAACGAACAGUACUUGUGGGAGUUACUUCAACCCUGGAACUGAGGAUUUUCCAGCAGUCCCAUACUCUGGUUGGGAUUUUAAUGAUGGUAAAUGUAAAACUGGAAGUGGAGAAAUUGAGAGCUAUAGUGAUGCUUCUCAGGUCCGAGAUUGUCGUCUGGUUGGUCUUCUUGAUCUUGCACUGGAGAAAGAUUAUGUGCGCUCCAUGAUUGCUGAAUAUCUGAACCGUCUCAUUGACAUUGGUGUAGCAGGUUUCAGAAUUGAUGCUUCUAAGCACAUGUGGCCUGGAGACAUGAAGGCAAUUUUGGAUAAACUGCAUAAUCUAAACACAAGAUGGUUCCCUGCAGGAAGUAAACCUUUCAUUUACCAGGAGGUAAUUGAUCUGGGUGGUGAGACAAUUAAAAGCAGUGAGUACUUUGGAAAUGGCCGUGUGACGGAAUUUAAAUAUGGUGCAAAACUAGGCACAGUUCUGCGCAAGUGGAAUGGAGAGAAGAUGUCUUACUUAAAGAACUGGGGAGAAGGCUGGGGUUUCAUGCCUUCUGACAGAGCACUUGUCUUUGUUGAUAACCAUGACAAUCAGCGAGGGCAUGGAGCUGGGGGAGCAUCUAUUCUUACAUUCUGGGACCCUAGACUGUACAAAAUGGGAGUUGGAUUUAUGCUCGCUCAUCCCUACGGAUUUACACGAGUAAUGUCAAGCUACCGUUGGCCAAGACAUUUUGAAAAUGGACAAGAUGUUAAUGAUUGGAUUGGGCCACCAAAUAAUAAUGGAGUCAUUAAAGGAGUUACUAUUAAUCCAGAUACUACUUGUGGCAAUGACUGGGUCUGUGAACAUCGAUGGCGUCAAAUAAGGAACAUGGUUGUGUUCCGUAAUGUAGUUGAUGGCCAACCUUUUACAAACUGGUGGGAUAAUGGUAGCAACCAAGUAGCUUUUGGAAGAGGAAACAGAGGAUUCAUUGUCUUCAACAAUGAUGACUGGGCAUUAUCUUCAACUUUGCAAACUGGUCUUCCUGCUGGUACAUAUUGUGAUGUCAUUUCUGGAGAUAAAAUUGGUAACGAUUGUACAGGAAUUAAAAUCUAUGUUUCCAGCGAUGGCAAUGCUAAUUUUUCUAUUAGUAACUCUGCUGAAGAUCCAUUUAUUGUGAUUCAUGCUGAAUCUAAAUUAUAAAGUUUGAAUUAAAUACACACAGAGAAAUAAAAGGUGUUUCUGUUCUUAUAUAU